CACGACAUUACGACAUAUUUGGAACUUUAUUCGAAUAACCAUGAUCAAACUGUCACCUGUCAAAAAUUCUGUGUUCUACACAAAGUGCACGUGGGUGAAUAGUGACAGAAACGUGUCACUCAUCACGUGAUAAGUGUGCCCACAGAUAGCAAAUGAAUCAACAUUUUUUAUGUUAAUAUUCACUCGACCGAGUUAAAGUGGAUGUAGAGAUUCGUUUUAUUAAAAACAACGAAACUCCAAAAGAUUUCAUCGUUCACAUCGAAAAUGGCUCAGUGUCCGCCACUUUUGACGCGUCUGCUCGCAUCCUCUGUGACGGCAAGUGCACACGCGGGGAAAAUAAUUCGCGACGUUCUCAGCAAAGGCGAAUUGAAUAUCGUUGAAAAGGGAAAAAACGAUUUGCAAACCGAAGCCGAUCGCUCAGCACAAAUGUGCAUCAUCGAAUCGUUGACUCGACAAUUUCCCAACGUUUCUAUUAUCGGCGAGGAAGGGACGUCCAAAUGCGAAGUACCCUCCGAAUGGAUAAUCAAGGACAUGGAUCCGGACAUACUGAAACUUAAAUUGCCAACACACCUGGAAAACAUCGAGCCAAAAGAUGUUUGCGUUUGGGUCGAUCCACUCGAUGGCACUUCCGAAUACACGCAAGGGCUCGUGGAGCACGUGACAGUGUUGGUCGGAGUUGCGGUCGGUGAUCGAGCAGUCGGUGGAGUCAUUCAUCAACCGUAUUACAGGGAUGCGAAAGACAGUAUCGUGGGACGAACUUUGUGGGGAAUUGAGGGCGUAGGAACCGGGGGUUUCAAGACGAUUUCACCACCGGAAGGCAAACGAAUAAUUACGACGACGAGAUCGCACUCGAACAAAACUGUUCAAGCAGCUCUGGAUGCCUUGAAGCCGGACGAAGUUCUUCGUGUUGGAGGCGCAGGGCACAAGGUGAUACUUCUCCUGGAGGGAAAAGCCCACGCUUAUGUAUUCGCGAGUGCGGGGUGUAAGAGGUGGGACACCUGCGCACCGGAAGCGAUUCUUCACGCGAUCGGAGGAAAAUUGACCGAUCUUUAUGGGGAUCUGUAUUCCUACAAGAAUGACACUCCGCACUCGAACUCUCGGGGCGUUUUGGCAACGGCCCCGGGCCAAAUUCAUUCCUGGUACGUGUCUCGCAUUCCCGACGAAGUCAAGCAGCAGUUACCACAAUAAAUUUCAAGUUGUGAUCUUGAAGCAUCAUUUGUACAAAACUGGACAGAAAUAAUGUACUGGAUAAAAAUUGUAAACAAACGAUGAGUUUGUUUCGAAAGUUUGUUAGUGAAAAAAAAUUAAAUUUUCAGAUUCUAAUCGGUA